UUGUUCUAUAUUUGAUUUUCGUACAUUUUCGUUACGUCAUAUUCGAAAUAAUGUUCUUCGUAAAUAAUAUUUUUUAAUUGUGGAGUCUAAGCCUGUAGGAAAGAAGCGUAACAUUUGGAGACACAUUGUCACCGUUUAUCAAUUUCUUAUCGCAUUUCAUCUUGUGAUACAUUUGAUAAUUACGGUAUUAUAGAAUUUUAACAGAUUUGCCUGCUAUUGCCACUAGUAUAGUUUUAUCUGAAUUUCACAAAUACUAUGUUUACGUGCCUAAGCACUCUCGCUGAUACAUUAUUUUCUAUGUUUUAUGAAUGUAGAUUACAUAGAUUUUAUUUUGUCUGAAAUAGCAAUAAAUCAGAUUCAUUUAAAUUAAUCCAGUCUUAUAUAUUUUCAUUGACCUACUUUAUCACUAGGAAUAAAGCUUGCAUUUAGUAGAAAUGCCAAAAUGGGAUCCUCGAAAUCUCGUACCUAGAUAAUUAGCACUGGGGCGAUCUCUGGAUUUUUCAUUAUUUUAAUUGUGAAUACAUUUUUAUAUAAAUUACGAAUACACUUUUAUAUAAAUUAACUAAAUUAAGAAAAAGGGGUAAAAAUCAUAAACUAUCACUUUUAUUUUGAUAAGUUUUUCCUGUUCUAAUAACUGAGAAUUUAUUCCUUUGCAUGUAAUGUAAGUUUAACUGAACAGUGUUCAAGUGCUAUUUGCUGCCUGAUCACUUGACAAUCUUACAAUUUGCACCUGCGAUUUAUGUCUAUAUAAUUUGCAUUUAUCCACGACAUGAUCUAUUAGUGCAUUUACGAUACUGCAGCAGUCAGUUUUAUACGGAAAUUAUCAAUGCAAAGGUUCCUAAUUACUACCUUAAUUGCAUUGUGUAUCAACCAACAUUUCCAUUUACAUUCUUUCGCUUUUUGAAUGUUCAAUUUCAUGACUGGGAUUAUUGCAACCAUUUUCAUAGUCAUAGAAGUCAUAUAUACAAGAUAUACAUUUUCACUAUAUGUAUACUAAUCUUAAUCAACAAACGGAAUGACAAUAAAUAAAGAUGCGUGUAAACUACCAACAAAACUUUUCUGGAUACAAGAAGAAUAACGAACUUCUUCAUCGUUAUGGUUUCUUUGCAUUAAUUCUAACAAGUAUGUUGUUAGCAUCCAUGCUACCCAGUCUUGGAGGCUCACAUGGUAUAAUCAAUGGAAACUUAAUGAUACGGUAUUUCGCUAUACCUCUGACGUAUUUAGAAGCAGGACUAUGGUGCAGUCCACAAUCAUUGUAUGCUGCAUUGUGCAACAUUCACCUUCUGAUAUUUGUUACCGUUUUUAUAUACAUAUUGAUGCCGCUCUUAGCAAGGGUUGGAAGUUGUUUACUGAUUUAUUCGAAAGUUAAUACAUGGCUUCUCAAAGGAAUGGAAGUAUUCUACUGUAUGCCACCUCCAUUCAGCACAAGUGUGGUUUUAACUCGGGUGGCACGAGCAGAUUUAUCCACCAGUGUGGUAACUACGAUAGUGAUGCACUUUCAAGGGAUAAUAUUAUCCCCUGUCCUACUCUACUUCAUGCUAGGAGCAUCGACACCACCUCUUGUGAUCACUGACAUUAAAGAGACCGUUUAUAGUACUUUAAUGCCACUGGGUAUUGGCAUUGGAUUACAGAGCUUUAUUAAAGAUUAUUCCACUGACUUAGAUGACCGAACAAGUUGGAUCCCUCGAGGCUUAUUGUUACUUACAGCAUACCAUUGGUUUUGUGAUGCACUUUCAGCAGAUGCAUCAUUUCUGCAUGCAGUAGACAUAUUACUUUGCGUAUUAAUAGCUUGUAUCGGACAACUAAUAGUAAGUUGUGUAUGUUGGGUGCUGUGCUCUCGCUGGCUGUCAACAGGAAUUCUCUUGGCAGCGAUGUUUACUUGUACACAUAAAUCUGUAAGCCUCGGAGGAUGGAUUUUACGAGGAGCAUAUCAUGGCUCAAUCCAAGGACCAGCAGUUAAUUUACCACUAGUGAUACUGCCUGUAGCUCAACUUCUUCUAGGUAGUUUAAUAGCUUCUUGGCUGGCCCCAUGACAUAGACUGCAAAACGUUGGCCUUACGAAGAAAGUGCCUCAAGUAAGUUCCUCCCAAGCAACAGUCCAAUCGGUGUAGAUGGCGAUUUUCCAAGCUCUUCUUACACUAAAGAGAGUAAAAAAAAAUAAUCUCAAACACCGUAUGAAAAGACAAUGUAUUGUCAGAGCUAUUAGUAAAAGUACAUCACAGUCUAACGAAACAAUGCAGAGGAUCCAUUAUCGACAGAAAGGCAGCAUUUUCUGAUUAAUUCAUUAAUGCGGAUUCGUGCGGUUAACGAGUUUUCUAUAUUACAUAUAUUUAGCGUUUUGAGCACGUCAACCUAUUUGCCGUCUUUGAGACUUAUUGAAAAUACGCAUUUUUUGUUCAGUUUUCUCAACCCACCGCACGUAUAUACAUACAUACGCGAUUAAAUAAUUCAUCGUUUAGAUCAAUUCGUGAUGUAGUCUCCAAUCUUUGAGAGCUUAUUGAGAAUGGGGUACCAUUCGCCUUAGAAUAGUAAUAUUAAAAUCUAUACAAAACCAUCUGCUUUAGAAUAGCCUAAGAUAGAGUAAAAUAUGCUGAUUACACUCGAAAUAGUAGUGCUUAAUUCCAGUAUAAAUAAUUGUAACUUUAUACCUUGUCUAUUAAAAAAUCUGUUUUGACUUGAUACAUUUAAGAAGUUAAAUCAUUAAUGUAGCAACAAAGACGCUUUAUGUAGAUUAAGUAUCUUACACAUUUCUUGUAAAUGUAAUUUCUUCUGUACUUUAUUUGAGAUAAUAUACUUACCUCUUUUGUAAAA